AUGGACGAAGACCCAGUAUUAGUACUCACCCUGAACUCAGUGCUUCUUCUAUAUAAAUAUGUCUCUCCAAAGCGAAUUCAUAGUCUAGCAUCAACUUCACUUCAUUCUUUACCCCAUCCACUCUUUUCUCUUCGCAAGAGCCAGUCGUUACAACUUAGAAAUCCACUUUUUUGUUUACCUUCCCACCGACAAUACUCAAACGCAAACCAGUGUCCAGCGUUCCACGCCAUGAAAAUCACCCCUUUCUUGCUCCCGGCCUUAGUCGUAGGUGCACCCCUCAUCGAUCGCGCACCACCUACGAGCAAGCAAUCUACUUCUUCCUACACCUCGACGUCGAGAUCUCCAGGGUGGCUGGUAACCUACGCCUCUCGCUCUGCAGCGCCCACGCAAUCCAUCCAAGUGCAGGAAGUAGGACAGAACGUCUAUUCUUCACCAGCGCCGGUUCAGACAUGGGGUGUGGUGCCAAAUGUUGCUCGCUCGGAAGACUCUGAAGCUGCUGGAGUGGCUAAGCGAGAUCCCCGGGGCGGAUUGGGCAAUAUCUUCGGGCCUCUGAUCAAGGAAGCGAUUCGGAAUGCACUUGAGGAAGCUAUGCAAGGCUCUGAGCAAGAGGCUGCGGCUGUCUCGAAGAGGCAGGAUAGGGGUCGAGGCGGUGGAUCGGGUGGAAAUGGUGGAGGUCAGGGCGGAGGUCAGGGUGGAGGUAAUUCUCGAGCGCCUACUACUCAAGCUGCCACAAGUCGUGCACCUACUACUCGAGCUAGUAGUACUAAACCGCCAACUACUCAAUCUGCGAGCACCAAACCGCCUACGACCCAAUCUUCCAGCGCUCGAGUGACUUCUACUCAAUUUUCUAGCACGCGAGCCUCAUCAACACAGUCUUCGUCCAGCAGGCCAUCCGCCCAGAGCUCGUCUAGCAGAUCUUCCACGCAGUCUUCUUCCAGGAUAGCAUCUACGCAAGGAUAUUCUACACAAAGGGAAUCCACCCAAAGCUCUUCUAGAGUGUCUUCCAGUCGUACCUCAUCAAACGUGCAGGCUACACAGAGUUCGUCUAGCAGAGUUUCUAGCCAGACAUCAAUCAACGGACAGUCCACUCGAAGCUCAUCUAGCAGAGAUUCCACUCGGAGCUCCUCUACUCAAAGCUCUUCCAGAAUCUCUUCUGUUCAGACUUCAUCCAACGGGCAGUCCACUCAAAGCUCACCCAGCAGAGUUACCACUCAGGGCUCGUCUAGAAGCUCCUCCGCUCGGACCAGUUCCAGUACCCUUCCUGCCCAGACUUCUUCAAGUGUCAUUCUGACUCAGACCUCUUCAAGCCAAGCUCCCAUCGAAACUGAGGUUCCAGAGGAUGACCCUCCGCCAUACACGGACCUUCCGACUCAAACCUCAUCUGAAUCUCCCGUCCCGACUCAAGCUCCCGAAGACAACUCUCCACCAUAUACAGACCUCCCCACUCAAACUUCUUCCCUUCCUCCCGCCCCAACUCGAAAUCCCGAAGAUACUCACCCAGGAGAUGAGGGUAUACAGAUUCCAGAUGGUCCAGUUCCCCCACCAUAUACCCAAGAGCCUGAGGAGGAAGGUUUUUACACGGAGCCCCCCGUGAACCGCAUCCCCGAUGAUGACUCAGCCCCACCGUAUCCACCGCCGGUAGACCACCCGAUCAUCCCUGAUUAUCCCGAAGGUCAAGCACCUCCUGGAGAUCUUUCGCCUCCAGCGUACGAAGAGGGGGCGCCUCCGGAGUAUCAAGAGAAAAGAGCACUUCCAUUUCUUUCUUAA